UUGAUAUCGCAGUCUCUCUCCCCGUCUCGCGCAAGAUUCUUUUUGUUUGCUAAACAUAAAAGCCGGUUCAUUCAUUUCACUUGCUUGCUUUUAUUUUACAAUUUUGAAGAACCAAAAACCUCGAGAGGUCGCAACAUUUCCCGCGCAUUUUUCAUCGUUCUUCGAUCGGUUGCCGAUGGCUCCCAAAUCGGACAAUACAGAAGCGAUCGUGCUCAACUUCGUGAAUGAGCAAAAUAGGCCAUUAAAUUCUCAAAAUGUGGCUGAUUUUUUGCAAAAGUAUAACCUCAAGAAGACGGCCAUUCAAAAAACACUUGAUAACCUCGCUGAUAGCAAGAGAAUUUCAUUUAAAGAAUAUGGCAAACAGAAGAUAUACCUUGCUCGGCAAGACCAAUUUGACAUUCCAAACAAUGAAGAUCUGAGUAAAAUGAAGGAAGAGAAUUCCAAACUACAGCAGCAGCUACAAGACCAGAAGAGGACAAUUAGUGAGGUCGAGGGAGAAAUUAAAACUUUGCAGUCAAAUUUAACUCUGGAGCAGAUAGUUGAGAAAAAAGCCGAACUGGGAAAAGAGGUUAAGGAAAUGGAAGAUAAACUGAUGAAAUUGCGAGGUGGAGUUACCUUGGUCAGGCCAGAAGAUCGAAAGGCAGUUGAAGAAAUAUAUUCAGAAAAAAUUAGUCAGUGGCGGAAGCGCAAAAGGAUGUUCAAGGAUCUCUGGGAUGCUAUAACUGAGAAUUCGCCCAAGGAUAUUAAAGAAUUCAAGGAGGAACUUGGGAUUGAAUAUGAUGAAGAUGCAGGUGUGAGUUUGCAAUCAUAUAGUGACCUGCUGCAACAUGGUAAGAAGCGUGCCAGAGGACAGUAACAUCAUGGUGUUACAUGAUUAGUCCGGGAUUUAGACAUGAGUUAUUGGCACCAAAGAGGUAAAUCUAUUUCAAAAUAUUUGUAGAUUAUGCUUCCUAGUACGAUUCAGAUUCAUCUACUAAAUCAUCAUGUAGUUACUUUUUUAAGAAGUAUACUGUAUACAUGUAAUUGUGCAUGCCCAAGGAUUUAUAUCUUCGGGAUCCCAGUCUAUUUACUUGCCAGUCCUUGUUAUAGUGCACAGUUUGUGUUAACGUAAUUGUCAAGAGUCUUGACUGAAGACCAUAACAUUGUCAAGAUGCUGGCCCUGGGCAAUAUAAAUCUUUUAAUUGUUCUUUAUGCAGAGCCAAUUAUGUUUGAUAGGUUGGAACUAUUUUGGAUU